AGGAGCGUGGAAAGCAUUGACUUCACGCGUCUUCACAUUGGACCCAAUUCUUCUUUUUCCAUUCCAUCCCAACAGUGUCGAAUCAACACCUAUUCUUAAACUCAACAUCCAUCACUUCAUCCACCAAAAUGGCAGCCGCAGCUUUGGACCUCACGCGCAACUUUUCCUUCUAUACAGUCCCAGCAGCAUGGGUUGUGGCCAUCGCGCCUCACUUCUACGCCGCAGGUCUUGGAAAGUUUGACAACAAGAGCCCGAGAACCUAUACCAAGGAGACCGCGAACGAUCAGAGCAUCGAUAAAGCAACCAAAGAGAAGAUCGUCCGCGCUGAAGGAGCCCAGCAGAAUGGCUUCGAGAACCUCGGACUCUUCGCUGCUGCUGUCGUUGCAGGCAAUAUCGUCAGAUUGGACAAUUGGACCUUGAACGUUUUGUCUGGUGGCUAUUUGCUCAGUCGAGUGGCGUACAACCUUAUCUACAUCAACAAUACUACGGAUGCGAUGGCCAACGCCCGCAGUGUGGCAUACUUGACUGGGUUGGGAAUCAUCUUCACCUUGUUCAUCAAGGCCGGAAAUGUGCUUCGUGGCCAGUUGUAGGAUGCUCUACCGAAGAGCAUGUCGAAGAUCUGUUUUGAAGAAUCUAUAAGCUUCACACGCAA